CUAUCUGCAGGACCCUGAAACGUAAUGAUCCUACAACAGCCCCUGGAGCGAGGCCCCCCAAGUCGGGACCCACGGGCCACCACUGGGGUGGCUCGCGGCCUGGACGCCAGGGAGCCCUUGCACAAGCAGUUUCUUUCCGAGGAGAACAUGGCCACCCACUUCUCUCGACUCAGCCUACAUAAUGACCACCCCUACUGCAGUCCCCCUGUGACUUUCCCCCAGGUCCUGCCACCACUCAGGAGCUCUUGCCCAGAGCUGCUUCUCUGGCGCUAUCCUGGGAGCCUGAUCCCUGAGGCCCUCAGGCUACUGAGGCUGGGGGAUACCCCCAGUCCCUUCUACCCUGCAUCCCCAGCUGGGGACAUCAUGGAGCUCUAAGUGCUGACGGCCAGUUUCCCUCCCCACCUUGUUCCUGGACAACAAAGAUCAGCAACCCCAACCCCGACCCCCCCCAGAAGGAAGAGGUCCUUCCCCCUGUAACAGGAUAGAUGAUACUGAACUCAGAGAAACCCUGAAUGGAAGGGGCAGUAGCUUGGGAAGGGGAAA